UAUGUUACUUUCAAGCUGAAGGCAGUCACUGCAUUGUGGCUAUUGCAGGCGAUUGAAUGGCUGCCUCGUCUAGAGAGUGCACAUUCUGUUUUGCUGUAAUUAAUUUUACGUUAGUUGGUGAUUUACGCGUAAAAUAUUCUCUGCCUCGUAUAAUUUGGAUUAUUGAAAUCACCACAAUACUAAUAGCAAUACAAGAAAUUUUGAAAUGGAAAAAAGCGCGGACGGAUUAUUGUUUCGCGCAGAGAGAAAUAAUGGAGCUAAUGAAGGAACAUUGGGCAUACCGUGUGUUAAUGAAAAAGUGGCUAUUUUGGAUGCAGGGGCACAAUAUGGUAAAGUGAUAGAUCGAAAAAUCCGUGAAUUAAAUGUGCAUAGUGAAAUUCUGCCUUUGGACACAUCUGCAUUUACCCUUCAAGAAAAGGGUUAUAAAGCUAUUAUAAUUUCUGGAGGGCCAAGUUCAGUUUAUGCGGAAGAUGCACCUAAAUAUGAUGCAGAUAUCUUCAGAAUAGGAAUUCCAGUACUAGGUAUUUGUUAUGGGAUGCAAAUGAUGAAUAAAGAAUUUGGUGGUACAGUGAUAAGUAAAGAGGGUAGAGAAGAUGGUCAGUUCCCAAUUGAAAUAGAUUCCAAGUGCUUAUUAUUUAAGGGUUUGGAAAAAGAACAAAUGGUACUGUUAACACAUGGAGACAGUAUAGAUAGGGUAGCUGAUAAUUUUCAUAUUACUGCCAGAUCAUCAAACUUUAUAGCAGGAAUAGCAAGUGAUAAAAUGAAUUUGUAUGGAGUACAAUUUCAUCCAGAAGUAGAUCUUACACCUAAUGGGAAAACAAUGUUACAUAAUUUUUUGUUUGGCAUUGCUGGCCUUACCGGUAAUUAUACUCUUCGUGGCCGGGAAGCUCAAUGUAUUCAAUUCAUCAGAGAUACAGUUGGCAACAAAAAAGUUUUGUUAUUAGUGAGCGGAGGUGUGGAUUCUACGGUAUGUGCAGCGCUAUUACAUAAAGCUUUAAAUAAGGAACAAGUCAUAGCUCUCCAUAUCAAUAAUGGCUUUAUGCGAAAAGGAGAAACGCAAUUUGUGGAACAAAGCUUGGCGCAAUUAGGAAUUCGAUUAAGAGUCGUUAAUGCCGGACGCUGUUUUAUGCAAGGAACUACGUCUGUUCCCUUGGAUAAUGUCACACCAGUAGCUAAUGCAAAUACUAUAAAUAAUAAAGGAAUAUAUGGAACAGCAACUAGCCCAAGAACUAGAUUAACUAAAAUGUUGUGUGCAACAACUAACCCAGAAGAAAAACGAAAAAUCAUAGGAGAUGUUUUUGUGAGAGUAGCUAAUGAAGCAAUGGCAGAGAUGGGUUUGAAACCAGAAGAAGUGUUUCUUGGACAAGGCACUCUCAGGCCUGAUCUUAUAGAAAGUGCGAGUGCAUUAGCUAGUGGUAAAGCGGAUGCGAUAAAAACACAUCACAAUGAUAGUGAACUCGUUAGAGCAUUAAGAGCACAAGGUCAUGUAGUAGAACCUUUAAAAGAUUUCCAUAAAGAUGAAGUACGACAAUUAGGAUGUGAUCUUGGAUUACCAGCAUCGCUAGUAGCUCGUCAUCCAUUUCCUGGUCCUGGACUUGCUGUACGCAUUUUAUGUGCAGAUGAACCUUAUAUGGAUAAAGAUUUUUCAGAAACCCAGGUGAUAGUUAAAAUAAUGGCUGAAUAUGAACAAAUGCUUCAAAAGAAACACGGAUUGUUAAAUCGUGUAGAAGGUGCAACUAGCGAAUCUGAACGCCAGUAUUUGCGACAGCUUUCCAGUUACCGACAUAUUUCGGCAACACUUUUGCCUAUACGCAGUGUAGGAGUGCAGGGUGAUCGAAGAAGUUAUAGUUAUGUAGUAGGAUUAUCUAGCGAAGAAAACUUAUCCGAGGGAAUAGAAUGGAAGGAUCUUUUGUUCCUCGCAAAAUUAAUUCCACGAGUGUGUCACAAUGUAAAUCGUGUGUGCUUCAUUUUUGGACCUCAAUUACAUCAUCCUGUAACGGAUAUCACACCGACUCAUCUUACAUCGAAUGUGAUAGCUACGCUUCGACAGGCAGAUCAUGUAGCAAAUCUAGUAUUAGCUACUAGUGGCUGUAUGGGAGCGAUCAGUCAAAUGCCAGUAGUUUUAAUUCCCAUACAUUUCGAUCGUGAUGCUGCUUCUCGAAUACCCUCAUGUCAACGUUCAGUUGUUCUUAGGCCAUUCGUUACUAAUGAUUUUAUGACUGGUACUCCGGCUAUUCCUGGAAAGGAGUUGCCACUCCACGUGGUGAAGAAAUUGGUAACCGAAAUAUCUUCAAUACCCGGUAUCUCGCGUGUUUUAUACGACUUAACAUCUAAACCGCCAGGAACUACCGAAUGGGAGUAGUAAACGCUCAUCUCUGACUCACCCCUUUCUAUUUUUUCACCUUCCCAGCGCGUAACAACAACAAAGUAAAAAAAUAUAUUUAAAAAAAAA